AUGACCGCCUCCUCCUUCCGCAUCCCGCGCCAACCGGCCGCAGCUAAUCCGUUCGAGGCGUCUUACGCCCCGGUCACCACCGCGCCUGGCGGCUACGUCGCCACGCCGGCCCCACCAUCCAAGUCGUCCGCCAACCCCUUUGAGCUAUACGACGCCAACGUCGACGAAGACGGCGCGGAAACGGGCAACUGGGAGUCGGAGCCGACGGGCACUCGAUCCGAGCCGCGCUUUUGGCAGCCGCGCUUCUAUGCCGCCUAUUUCGACAUCACCAUCUCCGACCUGGCGUCACGCCUGUUCCGCGCCUUCCUGCCAUGCAAGCCGCUGCUCGGCUGGGCCGACUCCGACGAGGAGCUCGAGGGCGGCACCUCUGUCCCUGACCUGUACGGGCCCGUGUGGGUCACCACCACGCUCGUGCUCGCGCUCUCCAUGGGCUCGAAGAUGGCCGAGUUUUUGGCAAACGUCUUCCGCAAGAAGGAGACGCAGCUCAAACCGAGCAUCGAGUCGCUCGAGUUUUCCAGGCUCUGGAAGGCCGCGAGCUUGCUCUAUGGUUACGUCUUUGUCUUUCCCGUCAUCUUGACCGUAUUUCAGUGCCUCUUUGCGAAGCGCGCCCUGGGGGAGAGGGCUCAUCCCGUCCUUGGCACCGUCAUGGUGUACGGCUAUUCUUUGGUCCCCGUUGUUGUUGCUGCCCUUGUCGCAACCAUUCCGAUUGAAAUGGUGCAGAUCAUUGCCAUGUGCGUCGCGUUUUCGAUCGGCGCCGCCGUUAUCGUCCUCAAUCUCUGGAGAGAUGUCAGCAUCGAGCACAAGUCUUUGACUUACUUUGUGAGAUUAAUCGCUGUCGGGGCGCAUGCGGCGGUGGGCGCCGGUGUGAUCUUUAUCUUUUAUGUUGGCCGGUGA